AUGGAUUCCGUCGCUGCCGUAUUCGUGCGCCUCUGUCAUCCCGAUCAGGCAUUGGCUGCUGCCUGUCUGCAUGCUUUGUUUCAUACAAAGUUGUCCGGUUUCUUCUCAACUGGUGGGUUCACCACCGGUCUCAAGGCAUUCUUUAACGUCCUGUUUCGUCUGUUCGCUUUCCACGCUCCCGGGUUAGCUGUCACUUUGACCAACCUCAAUGUGCCUCUGGUUGGCUUGACUACUGGUUGGAUUUACACGAUGUUUGCCCAUGCAAUGCCUUUGGAUCGAACAGAGUUGUUAUGGGACACUCUGAUCGUCGGCCCACCAUCAUUCCUUAUGUUCUUCUACAUUGCCAUAUUU